CAACCAGGUUAUUGUCGAUUAGAGGACGGACGAAUUUUCUUAUUGAGCAAGUCGCCAUUUUUCGGAGACGUUAUGUUUUGGAGAUAAUUUUUGCUGGAUUAUGGUAGUUUAUACUUGUUUUAUUUAAGUGACUUUAUUCUUUGUGUGACGUAGUUAAUAUAUUAAUCACGAUGGUUAAACGUAAUCGAGCGGUGAUCGAUUCUAGUAGUGAAGACAGUAACAGUCCGGACGAUUUGGAUGAAGAAUUACUAUCUUUAGCUAAAAGAAAAUGUCCAGAAAGUAAAAAUGAAGAAAGUUCUAAUUCUGAUUCCGAUUCGUCCGACAGUGGAGGUGAAUGGAGUACCGAUGCCGAUAAAACAAAAACCGCAACUUCUACAAAAGAUGAUUCGCCCAGUGAUGAUGAUGAAGACGAGGACGACGACGACGAUGAUGAUAAUGAAAAGCCUUCGUUUGAUUCUGAACCUGAAGAAGGUGAAGUGUCAGACAGUGGUGGAGAGAGUUCGGGAGAUGAAGAAUUUAAUGAUGGAUAUGAUGAGAAUCUCAUGGGUGAUGAGGAAGAUCAAGCUCGACUUGCACAGAUGACAGAAAAAGAAAGAGAACAAGAGUUAUUUAAUCGAAUUGAGAAAAGGGAAGUGCUGAAAACAAGAUUCGAAAUAGAAAAGAAAUUAAGGUUAGCCAAAAGAAACGAAAACAAGAAAAUGAAUAAUAGCGAAGUUAAGUUAAACAGCGAGGCUAGUUUGCGUAGUAAAGAGCGAAGACGUACGGUCGAAGAGAAGAAUUACAAGUUGGAUAAGAAAGCUCAGGCAAUUAAAGAUUUAAGAGCCGAACGAGAGAAAAAGAAAAAGCAGUUAGAACUACAGUUACAUAAAGAUUCAGAAACGAAUGAGGAAGUCGAAGAAGAAUCUGAACAGCCGGUUAAAAAGUUAAAAGCGAGUGAUAUUUAUUCUGAUGAUGACGAUGACGAUAGUAGCAAUUCGGAUGUGGAUGAUAGAAGUGAGGAGUCUUAUAGAUCUCGAAGUGAAGACGAGAUGCCAAAAAAACCACAAUAUAUUUCUUCAAGGCAGGAAUUGAGCAAAAUUAGAUUAUCAAGACACAAGUUAGAAAGGUGGGUUCAUGCACCAUUUUUUGAAAGAGCAGUAAUUGGAUGUUUUGUUAGAAUUGGAAUAGGCACACAUAAUAAUAAACCUGUGUAUCGAAUUGCUGAAAUAGUUGGAGUUGUGGAAACUGCCAAAAUUUAUCAGUUAGGUAUGACAAGAACUAAUAAAGGAUUAAGAUUGAAACAUGGUAAUCAGGAACGUGUAUUUCGUUUAGAAUUUGUUUCAAAUCAGGAUUUUACGGAUAAAGAAUUUUUUAAAUGGAAAGAGACAAUGGUUAUGGAACGAUUACCUUUGCCGACAUCUGAAGAAGUAUCAAAAAAAGUUAAAGAUAUACAAGAUGCUAUUAAUUAUGAAUAUAAGGAAGAUGAUGUUGAAACAAUUGUGAAAGAGAAGGGACGAUUCAAAAAAAACCCACAUAAUUAUGCUGUAAAGAAGACUCAGCUGAUGAAACAAAAAGAUAUGGCUGUGUUGCUUGGCAAUGAUGAUGAAGUGCAGAGAUUAAAUUCAGAACUGGAACAACUUGAAGAAAGGGCUAAAGAGUUAGACAAACUUCGCACUAGUAGUAUUAGUGCAAUUAGUUAUAUAAAUGAAAGAAACAGAUUAAAAAAUAUUUUGGAUUCAGAAAAAGCUAUUUUACAAGAAGCAAAAGAAAAUAAAGCAAAAGCAGUAGAUGAUCCAUUUACAAGAAGAAGGUGUGCUCCUACAUUAGUUACAAAAUCUCGUGAAGCACAAAUUAAUGCUGAAAUACUUCAGAAACUUCACCAACAAAGGUUACAAGAAGAACGUAUAAAAAAACAAGAAGAAGAGGAGGAGGAAAGAAGAAAAAAUGAAGAAAUGAAACAAAAAGUUAAAGCUACAAAUAACGUUCAACAACAACGUUCUGGAGAUGAUUUAUUUACAGCUCAUAAUUUUGAUAUAAAAAUUGACUUGGCAUUACCAUUACCAGCAAGUUCAUCAAGUUCAUCAAGGCCAUCUCCUGCAGGAAGAGUUGCUCCUAAGAGGUCACUUAAUCUUGAAGAAUAUAAAAAGAUGAGAGGUCUGAUUUAAGUCUUCCUGUUAUGGACUAAAUAAUAAAUAAUGAUUUAUUAUUAUUUUUUUUUUCAUGUACUUAAAAAGUAUUGUUUAUAAUAUUGACUUUUAAUACUGUAUAUGAUGUUGCCAAAAGAAUGCAGUAAAUUAUAAUUGCAAGAAUGAAUGAUUGUAAUGAUACUGUACUGAAAUUUAUUGUUUUUUCAGUAUUUAUUCAUAAUUUUAAAGGAUCAAUCUGUUGUUUAGUAUAUUUUGAACUGUUUUUUUAGAUCUUAAUUUAUUUUUCAAAAAAAAAAAAGUUGCAAGCUAUCAGUGAUGAAAUCUCAAUAAUGAAAUUUUAAUCAGGGUACAUUAAAGUAUAAUUGAUGUUAGUAAUCGUUGAUCUGAAGACUUGAUCACAUAAAUGAUAAUUUUUGUCAUAUCAACUGUAUACUGUCUGAAAAUGCCUCAAAUUAGAAAUUGUCAAAUUGUACAAUUUAUUUUAUAGUUUUGACUAUUCAAUAAUCAUAUAUAACAAAAUGUUAUAUUCUGAGUGCUGUGUUGAAUGUUGAAGAAAAAAACAAAAAAACCCUAUUUUGCUAUGUAAAUAGAAUUUUGUCAUAUUUCAAGAGAUGUAGGGGACAUUGAUCUGGCAUAUAUUCGUAACAUUACUAUCGGAAUGUGAUUUACCAGAUUGGAAUUAUAGCAAACAUUCUAAAUUAAGCAUUGAUGCUACGUUAUAAUUUUUUAAUUGUAACAUAAUUAUACAAUGCAUUUAAAAAAUCCUUUGAUGUGACGAAAAUCCAUUGACAAUGCAAUAUGUAUAUCAUCAGUGCAAAAUUUAGAAUUCAGAUGCAAGUAUAUGUGCCUGAUCACAAAACUCAUCAGAACCUUGCAUACUUGUUCAAUAAAUUUAUGAUCAUAUUGUAUGUA